GGCCCAGCAGGAGGCCCAUGGCGCCUGAGGCCACAGGCCACAGGGGACAAGGGCCAGGCACCCCUGCCAUGGCUCCAGGCCAUUGAUCCAGCCCUGCGGCCGGUGGGGGAGGGGAGACCUUGGCCUGGACAAACAGCGGCUCUGAGGCCUGCGUGCAGGCCUGGCACCCACCUGCCACUCCCAAAGGAUGCCCAUGGCCGAGGCCCCCCAAGCCACUGGUGGGCAGAGCGAUGGAGGCGACGGCGAGGACGCAGAGCCGGAGGGGAUGUUCAAGGCCCCUGAGGACUCCAAGAGAAAAGUCCGAGACUACCUCCGCCUGGCGCCCCUGUGGCUGGCCCUGGUCGUGCUGGUUUCCGUGGGGGUCUUGCUCUGGUAUUUCCUAGGGUACAGGGCGGAGGUGACCGUCAGCCAGGUGUACUCAGGCAGCCUCCGCGUGCUCAAUCGCCACUUCUCCCAGGACCUCGCCCGCCGCGAGUCCAGUGCCUUCCGCAGUGAAACCGCCAAAGCCCAGAAGAUGCUCAAGGGGCUCAUUGCCAGCACCCGCCUGGGCACAUACUACAACUCUAGCUCCGUCUACUCCUUUGGGGAGGGACCUUUCACCUGCUUCUUCUGGUUCAUCCUCCAAAUCCCUGAGCACCGCCGGCCGAUGCUGAGCCCCGAGGUGGUGCGGGCGCUGCUGGUGGAGGAGCUGCUGUCCACGGCCAACAGCUCGGCGCCCCCUCCCUACCUGGCUGAGUACGAGCUGGACCCCGAGGGCCUGGUGCUCCUGGAAGCCAGCGUGAAAGACCUAGUUGCCCUGAAUUCCACGCUGGGCUGCUACCGCUACAGCUACGUGGGCCAGGGCCAGGUCCUCCGGCUGAAGGGGCCCGACCAGCUGGCCUCCAGCUGUCUCUGGCACCUGCAGGGCCCCCAGGAUCUCAUGCUCAAGCUCCGGCUUGAGUGGAAGCUGGCCGACUGCCGGGACCGGCUGGCCAUGUACGACGUGGCUGGGCCCCUGGAGAGGAAGCUCAUCACCUCGGUCUAUGGCUGCAGCCGCCAGGAGCCUGUGGUGGAGGUCCUGGCGUCAGGCGCCGUCAUGGCAGUGGUGUGGAAGAAAGGUCUGCACAGCUACCAGGACCCCUUCGUGCUUUCCGUGCAGCCUGUGGCCUUCCAGGCCUGCGAGGUGAACCUGACCUUGGAGGGCCGGCUGGAACCACAGGGAGCCCUCCGCACACCGCACUUCCCCAGCUACUACUCGCCCAGCACCCACUGCUCCUGGCACCUCACGGUGCCCUCGCUGGAGUACGGCUUGGCUCUCUGGUUUGACGCCUACGCGCUGCGGAGGCAGAAGUACGGCCUGCCAUGUACCCAGGGCCAGUGGACGAUCCAGAACCGGAGGCUGUGUGGCCUGCGUACCCUGCAGCCCUACGCCGAGAGGAUCCCAGUGGUGGCCACUGCCGGUGUCACCAUCAACUUCACCUCCCAGAUCUCCCUCACUGGGCCCGGCGUGCAGGUGCACUACAGCCUGUACAACCAGUCGGACCCCUGCCCUGGAGAGUUCCUCUGUUCUGUGAACGGCCUCUGUGUGCCCGCCUGCGACGGCGUCAAGGACUGCCCCAACGGCCUGGACGAGCGAAACUGCGUGUGCAGAGCCACAUUCCAGUGCCAAGAGGACAGCACAUGCGUCUCACUGUCCAGGGUCUGUGACCAGCAGCCUGACUGUCUCAAUGGGAGUGACGAAGAGCAGUGCCAGGAAGGGGUGCCUUGUGGGACAUUCACCUUCCAGUGUGAGGACCGCAGCUGCGUGAAGAAGCCCAACCCACAGUGUGAUGGGCAGCCCGAUUGCAGGGACGGCUCGGACGAGCAGCACUGUGACUGUGGCCUCCAGGGCCCCUCUGGCCGCAUCGUGGGUGGGGCUGUGUCAUCGGAGGGGGAGUGGCCGUGGCAGGCCAGCCUCCAGGUUCGGGGCCGCCACAUCUGUGGGGGAGCCCUUAUCGCUGACCGCUGGGUGAUAACCGCUGCCCACUGCUUCCAGGAGGACAGCAUGGCCUCCCCGGCGCUGUGGACGGUGUUCCUGGGCAAGGUGUGGCAGAGCUCACGCUGGCCGGGCGAGGUAUCCUUCAAGGUGAGCCGCCUGGUCCUGCACCCGUACCAUGAGGAGGACAGCCACGACUACGACGUGGCCCUGCUGCAGCUCGACCACCCGGUGGUGCGCUCGGCCGCCGUGCACCCUGUCUGCCUGCCCGCGCGCUCCCACUUCUUCGAGCCUGGCCUGCACUGCUGGAUCACGGGCUGGGGCGCCCUGCGCGAGGGCGGCCCCACCAGCAAUGGUCUACAGAAGGUGGACGUGCAGCUGAUCCCGCAGGACCUGUGCAGCGAGGCCUACCGCUACCGGGUGACGCCCCGCAUGCUGUGUGCCGGCUACCGCAAGGGCAAGAAGGAUGCCUGCCAGGGUGACUCCGGUGGGCCGCUGGUGUGCAGGGAGCCCAGUGGCCGCUGGUUCCUGGCAGGGCUGGUCAGCUGGGGCCUGGGCUGCGGCCGGCCCAACUACUUCGGCGUCUACACCCGCAUCACAGGGGUAAUUGGCUGGAUCCAGCAGGUGCUGACCUGAGGACUGCCCCCUGCAGAGCUGGGCCCCGCUCUUGGACUCAGAGAUCUCAGGGCAAGCACCAGGCGGGGGAGCACGUAUUCUGGGGGCGGCAGGGCCCUGUGGAGGCAGGAGCAAGCAUCCCCUCCCAUAACCUGCUCCCAGACAUCUGCCCCAGGGAGGGCACCGGAGAGAGGAGGGCCAGCAGCUGGUGGUCAAGACUUCCCCUGAGGGCCUGGGACGGUCACCAGGCCAAGCUGGGGGCCUCCCAUUCAGCCCUGUUACCUCCCGAUCGAUUCUCUCUCCUCCAUCCCCUUCGUCCAUUGCUGACUUUAGGGGUAAUAGUUCAGGGGUGAUAAUCCAGCUUCCAGGUCCCAGCAGGAGUGUCUGAGCACAGCUGCCCGCCCUGGGCAGCAUCGGCUCCGGAGCAGAUUCCAUCCCGUGAGCCCUGCCUGACGUGAGGGGCAGGCAUGGAAGGAGCCCGUGGGGAGGGGCCCUCAGAGCCCUGGAGACAACCAAGUGGGCCAGCUGCCACCGUAAGCCAAAGGGUGGGGGAGCCUGGGCCAGGGUCCCGCCCCACCCCUACCUGCCCCUCGCCCCCUGCCCACCCCGCUUGGGCCUUCACUGCCUGCUCUCGCCCAGCUGCCUGUGGAAUAAAGCCAGCUGACCAAAGGCCCUGUUCUGGGGUGUUCGUGGGGCCCCGGGCACCAGCCCCACACCCCGGACUGAGCAGCCUCUGCUUCCUGCUCAGCCUGCUCGCCAAGUGUCCAGAAGGCCAAGGUGGGCUCAGGGUGUGGGGAGCGGGGGACAGGGGUGGCCUCCAGGGCAGCUGCCCAGGUCCCAGGGGCAACCCCAGGAAGGCGAUGGUUUGGUGGCCCUCAGGUCACAGUGAGGGAUGGGACAAGUGAUGGGCUCUUUCCGGAAGCUGGGGAGGAAACUGAGGCUGAGAGAGGGCAGAGAUGCCCUGGCGAUGGCACCAGGGGUUAGGAGUGGGGUCUGCGCGGAAGCCCUGCCUUCUGGUUCCCAGUCCCCCGCUUCUCCUCCACCACGACACUCCCUCCGCAUUCUCUGAGUCUUUUAUUCAGCACGCAGCUCACAGGCUCUACGAUGUGCCAAGGACGGUGCUGGGGCCACAGAGAGGCACAGAACUUGGCUCCUGACCCCUGGAGGGGACUGACGAUCCAGCAUGAAGGGGCUUUGGGGUAGCCUGUAACUCAGGAAGACAGGGAAGGCUGCCUGGAGGAGCAGGCAGAGACCUAUAAUGGGCAGGCUGCCCUCUCCGUUCCAGAUGUGGCUGAAGCAGCCCCAGAACCAGGCUGCAGGGUGCGGCUGCCAUGGUGGAGCCUCAUAGAAUAUUCUCUUCAUUCUUGGAAGCAGAGCCCUGCAAAGGAAGUACUUUUGGCCCACACCACAGAUGAGCAAACUGAGGCCCAGAGACGAGACGUGACUUGCUCAAGCUCUCCCAGCACAUCAGUGGUGAGGCUCCUGGACUGGACUUGUUCCUCCAGACUGCCCGGCCAUCCUGGGGGGGCCCCGGCCUUCUCCCUCUGCACCUCCACCUGCCAGAGAGCUUGUGGGUGGGUGUGGAUACAGGGCUAACAAAACCCUUCUCCUCUAAGGGCAGUCUGACCUCGGGUUACCCUGCUGGCCUGGUUCCUCUGGAAACCCAAGAGAG